GUAAACUAAGAAAAUGGCAGAUAUGACACAAGUCGAGAUUCAUAGGUAGAUGUAAAUAGAUAGUUUUAACGAUGUUUUCCUAAUUUUUAUCGAAUUUUCCUACGUGCUGGACACAAGUGAUUCAAAAUGAUCGAAGUGGAACAAGAGACUGUCUAUGGGACAGACGAUGAUUCCCAUGUAAUGUCUGAUAAGGUACAAUCUUUAGCUGGGCGAAUUUAUCAAGAAUUCGAAAAAAUGAUAGAGAAAUAUGAUGAAGAUGUCGUGAAGGAUCUUAUGCCUCUAGUUGUCAAUGUGUUGGAGUCCUUAGAUUUGUCUUACACUGAAAAUCAGGAGCAUGAAGUUGAAUUAGAACUGUUAAGGGAAGAUAAUGAACAGCUGGUUACACAAUAUGAAAGAGAAAAACAGCUUAGAAAAACCAUUGAGCAGAAACUGCUUGAAGUUGAAGAUUUAAUUGAAGAUGAGAAGAAAGUUAAAGGCAGUAAAAUUGAAAGCCUUGAAUCCAUUGUUCGAAUGCUAGAGCUUAAAUCUAAAAAUUCAGCUGAUCAUGUUUAUCGAUUAGAAGAAAAAGAACAAGAAAUGAAAAAAGAGUAUGCAAAGUUACAUGAGAGGUAUACUGAGUUGUUUAAAACUCAUAUGGAUUAUAUUGACAGAACUAAAGUUUUAAUGGGUACUGGUGAAAGACUAGACGGCGGUAGACCUAGGCUACCACCUUUAAGUCUUGCUCAUAUGAACAGGUCAUCCGGCCCUAUGUCUUUUGGUUUUCAAUCUUUGGAAACUCAUACCUUGUCAAGUAUUGCCCGCAAUGUGGGUAGUCCUGGGGAAUUCUCAACUGCAGCUGCCUCACCUCCUGAAAGCAAUCACUCUGCCACUAGCCUUAAGAAUGAAAUGGGAAAUGAAGCUAAUGAUAACACCGAGGAAGAUGGAUCAGCAAGAGAAAUUUCCGAGAAGGGAUGGUCUGAAACAUUAAGCCCGGGUUCCAAAGAUGCUACUCCUGACACAUCUGAGGAGUGUCCACCACCGCCUAGUGUUACCACUCCAGUGGGCCGAAGUACUACCAAAAAGGAGCAAAGGAGUGGAAACACUUUGUAUCAAGAACUUAGUUUCCAGGAUGCAGAAGCACUCGGAGAAAUGGAUGAAGGUGCUGAUAUAACCGAUUCUGAGUCAGAACCAGACCGUGCUUCUGUUAACGACAAUUUCUUUGGAAUGGGUAAAGAAGUUGAGAAUCUUAUAAUGGAGAACAACGAACUUUUAGCAACUAAGAAUGCCUUAAACAUUGUUAAGGAUGACCUCAUCAUUAAAGUUGAUGAACUUACUAGUGAACAAGAAAUUCUCAAGGAUGAAUUGAAAUCUCUUCAAGUAGUCAAUGCCAGAUUAAAACAGAAAAUAUCGGAAUUAGAAGAGGACUUGAAGAAAUCAAAGGAGGAAAUGGAAAAACAUUCUAAGUCCAAUAAAUCGGAUGAUGAGGAAGAUGUCCCAAUGGCACAAAGGAAGAGGUUCACUAGAGUCGAAAUGGCGAGGGUUCUGAUGGAGAGGAAUCAAUAUAAAGAAAGGUUCAUGGAACUACAGGAGGCUGUGAGAUUUACAGAAAUGGUUAGAGCAUCGAAGACAGAUUCUGAUAUUGAGAAGAAAGAAAAGAAUACUGUCUGGAAACUAUUCAGUCGAUUAUUCAUAAACAGCGAUCGAGGGGUAGUUUCAAAGCCAUUGCCGAACGCUAACUUACGAUAUAACGCUCCAUCCCACCACAUCAGCCCAGCGUUGGAUACAAUGAGGAAACGAUCCUUACAUGAAAGGAAGCGAGGGCUGGACUUAGAUGCUGGGGAUAUGAGUGAAAAGAUGGAGCAGCGUACUGCGAGGCGUGCGUCAGAGAGAAGAGAGCAAUUGAGAGCAGUGCAAGCUCACGUUCGAAAGGACGACGGUAGGCUGCAUGCUUACGGCUGGUCUCUGCCGGCCAAAGGAGCUGCGGCGCCCCCUAAGGUCUCUGGCUCCCCUCAAGUUCCGGUACCCGUACCAGUCUAUUGCAGGCCCCUUAUGGAGAAGGAGGAUGGCAUGAAGAUUUGGUGUGCAGCUGGAGUCAACUUAGCCGGUGGCAGAACAAGGGACGGCGGAGAUAUUGUGGGAGCAAGUGUUUUUUAUGAUAAACCACCAGUAGUCGAUGAAAUAGUCAAUAGCGAACCUGUUAGUCCUAUCGAGCAGCUGGAAAAAGAUAUUCAAGAGGGCGAGAAGCAGAGAAUGGAAAGCCAGGAGCAACUUUCCUCCUUAGUUUGGAUCUGCACUAGCACUAGGUCGAUCAGCUACGUCACCGUCAUAGACGCCAACAACCCGGCCGAUAUCCUGGAAGCUUUUAGUGUUUGCCCAUCCCAUCUCCUCUGUAUUGCAAGCGUUCCUGGAGCUUGCGAAAGUGAUUAUCCUCAUACAGAUGUCGAAGUUCCCGUAAACCACGAGGAGCCUGUCGAAGAAAACAACGAUCCUAACAAAAAUGAGCAGAAUGGGGAGGUUGAAGACAAUAAGAACGAGGAGCAACAAAUUAAUGAGGAGAACAAGAAUGAGACUAAAAAGAGUGAAACCGACGAGGGAACGAUCGGUAGGAUAAUGUUCGUGAGCUGCGCCACCGGCAGUGAAGACACCAGUGCCCUGCCUCCCGCAGCACCCCCUACCGAGUCUGUUCCUGAGCCGAUGGACACUAAUGCAAAUGAAAUCCUUGGCACGCCGAUAAGGCGACAUCGCCUAAUCAAACAUUUGACGGAGGGUUUGCUCAAGGAUGGCGUUAGCUCUGGACCUACAGAUAAUGAAAUAGCUAGUGAGGAGUUGGAGAAAAUGAGCAGUGUGCUUCCGACAAUGUGGCUCGGAGCUCAAAACGGUUGUAUUUUUGUCCAUUCUGCAGUGCGGCAAUGGAAGAGGUGCCUGCAUUCAAUUAAACUCAAAGAUUCUGUUUUGAGCAUUGUACACGUUCGAGGAAGAGUCCUUUGCGCCGUAGCCAACUGUACUGUUGCAAUAUUCCGUCGAGACAGUGAUGGACAAUGGGACCUGAGUAAGUAUCAUGUAGUCGACCUCGGUCCGCCCGUUCAAUCAAUACGAUGCCUUAUCGCUGUUCACAAUAAGGUUUGGUGUGGAUAUAAAAACAGGAUACAUGUUCUAGACCCUGCAUCGAUGGCUGUACAAAAAUCGUUAGACGUCCACCCUCGUAAAGAAAGCCAUGUAAGGCAGAUGGCUUGGAUAGGAGACGGUGUCUGGGUCUCGAUUCGCUUAGAUUCGACUCUUAGGCUUUACCACGCGCACACUUAUCAACAUCUUCAGGAUGUGGACAUUGAACCAUAUGUCAGUAAAAUGUUAGGUACUGGAAAGUUGGGAUUUUCCUUUGUUCGAAUAACAGCGCUGUUGAUAUCCUGUUCACGUUUAUGGAUUGGUACAGGAAAUGGAGUUAUCAUAUCCGUCCCUCUCUCGGAAGGAACUAACAGUCGCACCGGAGGAGUGAAAGUGUACGCAGAUCCUGAGUCAUCCCACCUGACUCCUGCCACAUUUAUUCCUUACUGUUCUAUGCAGCAUGCACAGUUGUCAUUCCACGGCCACAAAGACACUGUCAAAUUCUUCGUGGCUGUGCCAGGCAGUGGUGGUAUGUCGGCAGCUACUACCGUCAACUCAAAUAUUCCUGUGAUAAACAACAAUAAUGAGCCAGAAAAGCCGACAUCGAUGCUGGUCUUAUCUGGUGGUGAAGGGUAUAUAGACUUCAGAGUUGUUGAGGACCAUGAAGAUUCGCUGGAUGAGGCUUCACACUUGAUCGUUUGGCAACUUUGCCCACCGGUAUGUCCUGAGCCUUUACAUUGUCCGCUAUUUCUUCCUUCUGUGUAGGUUUGACAUGGUUCAGUCUCGUGCUAGUAUUAAUCAAGAUGGCAUUUAUGAAAUGUUAUUUUCAAGAUUAGAUAAAUAACCUAACCUGUAAAUAAUAAUUUGUGUGUGUG